AUGGCUGUGCGACUCCAAGGCGCUCUGGACAGUGACAUUCACACCAUUGUCCAGAAAUUCCUGUCAGACGGCGUGGCACCCACCUCGGGCGACCUAUAUAACGCUCUUUCAAGAUCCAAUUCCGCGCUGAAACGAAGACCAAAGAAAAACUUGCUGGCUAGCAUAGAACGCGUUCUGGAUUUUAUCGGCAUCACCGCAGACGAGGUCGACUCUGACACGAUCAUAGAGGACGCUAUUCCCGACAACGAUCAGACGGACCUCAUGAACCGAUCGCUGCGCCAAAACCUCGCUCCUCAAAGUGCCGUCAGCCCUCCACAGCAGCCCAGCGAUGAAGUGGCCACGAAACGGCGCAAGGCCAACGGCGAGGCCCUGCCCAAACGCCAGAAACGCGGCAAUCUCGACGAGCAACCCAAGCCCAGCAUCUCCGCGCCCACUGACAUCUCUCUCGACGACGUGGGAGGCAUGACGGACACGAUCCUGCAACUCAACAAGACUCUCUUGGCCCCCAUGUCCUUCUCUGACGAGUUCCGAGAGGCCCACGUCCCGCUCCCCAAAGGAAUCAUGCUACAUGGCCCACCAGGUUGCGGCAAAACCAUGCUCGUCCGAGCCUUCGCAGCAGAAAUGGGCGUACCGUUCAUCGAGAUCUUGGGCCCUGCCAUUGUAUCUGGUAUGAGUGGAGAGUCUGAAAAGGGUAUUCGGGAUCGAUUCGAAGAGGCGAAGAAGAAUGCUCCCUGUUUGAUCUUCAUCGACGAAAUUGAUGCCAUUGCUCCCAAGCGAGAUAGCAGUCAAAGCCAGAUGGAAAAGAGAAUCGUGGCGCAGCUGCUGGUUAGCAUGGACGAAUUGGGGAGGGACUGUGAGAAGCCAGUCGUUGUGUUGGCGGCGACGAAUCGGCCGGACAGUAUUGAUCCGGCGCUGAGGAGAGGGGGAAGGUUUGGGACGGAGAUUAACAUUGGCGUGCCAAAUGAGGCAACUCGCCAAAGGAUCCUCGAAACGCAGACGCGAAACAUGCCCAAGUCCAAUGUCGACUUUCCAAAGCUGGCCAAAAUGACAGCAGGUUUUGUGGGUGCCGACUUGCAUGAUUUAGUUGGCAAAGCUGGUGCCCACACCAUGGAGCGCCUCAUGGCCGCGUUCCAACAGCAAGCGGAUCAACUCGCUCUCCCCUACCAUCCCUCGCAGCGACCUGAAAUCGCUCAAACCAGACGAAUGGCAGCGCGUGGACGAGCAGGACAAGACAUUCCUCGUCCUCCCGGCUUCGAGGUCAUCAGCCUCCAAAUGGAAGAUUUCCUCCACGUCCUCCCCUCCAUCACACCCUCCAGCAAACGAGAAGGGUUCACCACCGUCCCCAACGUGUCCUGGAAAGACAUUGGCGCCCUGCAAUCCGUCCGCGAAGAACUCAUCCGUUCCAUCGUCGACCCUAUCGCCAAACCCGCCCUCUACGAAGCCUUUGGCAUCAACGCUCCCUCAGGCGUCCUCCUCUGGGGACCACCAGGCUGCGGCAAAACUCUACUCGCCAAAGCCGCAGCAGCCGAAUCCCAAGCAAAUUUCAUCUCCAUCAAGGGCCCCGAACUUCUCAACAAAUUCGUCGGAGAAUCCGAAGCCGCCGUGCGCAAAGUUUUUCAACGCGCUCGCUCCAGUAUUCCCUGCGUCAUCUUCUUCGACGAACUCGACGCUCUCGUACCCAAGCGUGACGAAGCGGGCUCUGAAGCUUCUGCACGAGUCGUCAACACGCUCCUCACGGAACUCGAUGGUUUGGAUAUUCGUGCGGGGAUUUACAUCAUUGCAGCGACCAAUCGACCCGACAUGAUUGACGAAGCAAUGCUACGACCGGGCCGAUUGGGCACGCAACUUUUCGUGGAUUUACCCGGUGCGGAAGAACGAGUGGAUAUUCUGCGGGCGCUGACGAGGGAUAAACCUUGUGAAUACUCGGCACAGAUUCAGGACUUGGCGAGAGAAUGUGAGGAGUUUAGUGGUGCGGAUUUGGGAGCGUUGUUGCAGCAGGCUGUGCAGAAUGCCAUCAGAAGAGGCCGGGUGAGGUUGGAAUAUGAAGAUUUUGUCGAGGCCAAGACAAGGACACGUGGGUCGGUGAGAGAUGCUCAUCGAUAUAGGAAUAUGAAGAAGAAAUUUGGGCAGAGAUAG